UUAAUAAGAGAUCGGUGAAAAUAACUGGUAUAUAGUCAGAUCCGACAUGGCAACAGAAAAUCAGCUGACGAUAAUCACUGCAGUUUCCGAACUUAAGGAACUUCAGAAGCUGUAUCUAAAGGAAUGGCCGCGCAACUGCGUUGGCUACUUCUGGCUGGAUAACUACUUGAGAUGGCUGAAACAGAAACCGAAUUUGCCGCAUCUAACAUUUUUCACAUUGAAUAACGAUUGGCAAAGCGAUGGCUUAUUUAUCCUGGUGCACCGUUAUCAAUUGUUCUUCAGUAACUUAAGUCGAAAAAAAACGGGAUUGUAUUCGGCCUUGAAGUUAUUGGACUGGUCGGCAGGAUUCAAAGUCAGUGCAAUUCACGAUAGCCACCAUACAAUCUUCAAAGAACUGGUGAUGGAACUCAAUCUAAGCAUGGAUCGGGAAAUGAAAACUAUCAUGUAUAGAAUGCCCUUCCAGGAGGCGCAGGAACUUGAAAUAAGUUGUCCGGAAGGAUACUAUUUUGAUCAAGUGCGUCUGGAACAUGCGGCCCUCAUAAACGAGCUCUGGUCAGCACGUCAUGCUGGCUCCCUAAAGUUAAUUCAAAUGCUUAUUGAAAAUAACACCAAUGUAGGUCUUUUUGAAAAGGACUCGGGCUUACUAUGCGCUUGGUGUCUGAGACUCCAGAGCGGAUUCUUAGGAGCCUUGGAAGUUAUUCAAUCCCACCAGCGCAAAGGAUUGGGACUAUCGGUGGCGGCUGCCAUUUCUAAAGCCAUUGCCGUCGAUCUUCAACAGGACGUAACUGCCCUUGUGAAUCUAAACAAUAUUGCAGCAUGUCACGUAUUCGAGAAACUGCAAUUUCGUCUGAUCCGGCACGAGCACUAUUACUGGAGCAUGAUAAAACCCAAAGGCGAUGGUCAGAUAUCGUGGCCCAACAAUGACUAACGACCAGACAGCAAACAGAAGUGUUGACAUAAAACUACGGGGGACUUAUUACAAGCACCAAUAAAAACUGUUACAGAUCUAAA